AACGUCUGGUGAACAAAGACGGCCGCGCCCUCUGUCUGAAACUGAAAGACUGGCCGACCACGGACGAUUUUGCCGAGCUUCAACCUAAUCGAUUCUCCGAUUUGAUGAACAAUCUGCCCAUGCCAGAGUACACAUGUCGGGACGGUCAACUGAAUCUUGCCUCCCGUUUAGCUUCGUUCUUCGUCUGCCCGGAUCUGGGACCGAAAUUGUACGUGGCGUACGGGACCGGCGGUUCACGAUCCAUGGGCACAACGAACUUGCAUGUGGACAUCGCGGACGCGAUCAAUAUAUUGCUCUACGUGGGAUAUCCCUCGGACACGAUUGAGGAGAGCACUGCGAAUGCAGAAGCUGUGCUGAAUGUGAUGCGAUUGGCCAAAGUCGAUCGGGUUUUCCUGGACCGCGCCAUGACUUGGAAUCGCCGAGUCCAAUCCGGUGUCCAAACACAGUCGCAACAACAACAACAGCAACUUUCCACAGAUGAGCGCACCGGAUCGAACGGUAGGUUGGAUUUCCCCCUACUGAAGAUAAUAGUCAUUUCCUUGUACACAAUAUGUAUUAUCAUAUAUUAUAUUUCACACCCGUCUGAGGCCAGACUGUGUACCAAACAAAUCAUCGUACAGUAA